AUGGGCAGCGCACAAAUCGCACAGACCUUGCUGCAGUCGGCGCGUGUCGCCCCGGAAAUCUUCCAGCUGCGUCCAGAUUACCGCGCACUUUUGAUGGUAGUGGAAGGAAUCCCCCCAGGUCCUAGCGAUGAGUCUAGUGAGGCCUUCCUCCAGGGAGCAGAGGCUACUGUGAAAGACCUGCUUUCAAAGUCGCCCGUGACGGAACUUCCACAUAUCGCCGCCUGGCGGGAGGCGUAUAAGGCUUUCGGAGCCAAGCCCCAGAAAACACGCAACAGUCUAGAGGCGUUGACGCGUCGUGCAGCGACUAGCUUGCCACGGGUCAACCGGUUAACCGAUAUAUACAAUGCAAUUUCGGUCAAGCAUCAGAUCCCCUUUGGAGGCGAAGACCUCGACAAGUACGACGGAGCGCCGUUUCUGGUGCGUGCCACGGGUCAGGAGCCGUUCCAGACCUUCUCUGGGGGAGAGCCCCAGACGGAACUGGCGGCACCUGGAGAGCCUAUCUGGUGUGAUAAUACUGGCAUUACAUGUCGUCGCUGGAAUUGGCGACAGGGCCCACGCACAGCGCUGACGGAUGACACCACGCGUGUACUAUUUAUCCUGGAUGCAUUGCAGCCGCUUUCAGACGAUGCUCUUCAGCAGGCUGCCGACGAACUGGCUUCGGCAUUGAAAAGCUUAUCUCCCGAAGUACAGACAUCACAACGAAUUAUUGACUCUUCUUCUGCUUGAGCUCGACUGAGCAGUUCUGACAUAUUCUAUGGAAAUGCGUGCCAAGAGGCAUUGUUACAUUGGCUUACGAGCAUGAUGCUAGCGUCUGUGAUAGGAAUCAUCCUCGGUUCCUGGUGGUAGCGGUGGUCGCAGCCUUAUACAAGAGGAAUCCAGGAUAGCGACAAUCAUUCUACCAUACCACUCUAGGCGGGUCCAAAGCAAUCUGCGUUGGAGGGAUGUUUAUGUAUAGACAGGUUAUGCGACCCUGUGCAUCUCAACUAUCAUGCUACUUUGGUACAAAUGGUGGCUUCCAAAUGUUAUUUUAUAUAGGGUCUGCAUACGGCAAACC